AAAAAGAUGGGCCGAAUGGCGAAGUGGUGCUGGGAUCUUGCCUUUUCGCUGGUGUUAUUUCUGGGGGUUCUGCUCCCCUUUUCCAGAACUCUGAUGUACACGAACCACUGGGCUGUGAGGAUAACCGGGGGGAGCGAAGAAGCCAAUACAAUAGCAAGUAAAUACGGAUACAGAAACUUGGGGCAGAUUGGGUCCUUGAAAGACUAUUACCACUUUUACCACAGUAGGACAAUGAAACGAUCAACAAUUUCUAGCAGAGGAACGCAUAGCUUCAUCUCAAUGGAACCAAAGGUGGAAUGGAUACAGCAACAGGUGGUAAAAAGACGGACAAAGAGAGAUUUUAAAGCUGGUGCUUCCCAGUAUCCUUACUUCAAUGAUCCCAAAUGGUCAAGCAUGUGGUACAUACAUUGCAAUGAUGACACUCACCACUGUCAGUCAGAUAUGAACAUAGUAGGUGCCUGGCGGAGAGGCUACACUGGUCGAAAUGUAGUGGUAACCAUUCUGGAUGAUGGCAUUGAGAGAAACCACCCUGACUUGCAGCAGAAUUAUGAUCAAAAGGCUAGCUUUGAUGUCAAUGGAAAUGACUGGGAUCCCAUGCCUCGCUAUGAUGCCAGCAAUGAGAACAAGCAUGGAACCCGAUGUGCAGGAGAGGUGGCUGCUGUUGCAAACAAUUCACACUGCACAAUAGGAGUCGCUUACAAUGCCAAGAUUGGAGGUGUUCGCAUGCUGGACGGUGAUGUCACAGAUAUGGUGGAAGCAAAGUCUCUCAGUCUGAACCCUAAGCACAUUGACAUCUACAGUGCCAGCUGGGGACCAGAUGAUGAUGGAAAAACUGUGGAUGGCCCAGCAUCCCUUGCAAUACGGGCCUUUGAGAAUGGCAUCAGACAAGGCCGUGGAGGUUUGGGUUCCAUCUAUGUAUGGGCAUCUGGUAAUGGUGGCCGUAGCCGAGAUCACUGCUCCUGUGAUGGUUAUACCAACAGCAUCUACACAAUCUCCAUCAGUAGUACAGCUGAGAGUGGGAAGAAGCCCUGGUAUUUGGAGGAAUGCUCAUCAACCCUUGCUACUACAUAUAGCAGUGGGGAGUCUUACGAUAGAAAAAUAAUCACAACUGACCUCAGGCAGCGAUGUACAGACAGUCACACAGGAACCUCUGCUUCAGCACCAAUGGCUGCUGGGAUUAUAGCACUGGCACUGGAAGCAAACCCUUAUCUGAAUUGGAGGGACGUGCAGCAUAUUAUUGUAAGGACAUCACGCUCUGGACAUCUGAAUGCUCCAGACUGGAAGACCAAUGCUGCUGGAUACAGAGUGAGCCACUUGUAUGGAUUUGGAUUAAUGGAUGCAGAAGCUAUGGUAAAAGAAGCAGAGCGUUGGAAAUCAGUCCCGCCCCAGCACAUCUGUGCAGAGAACCCAGACAAGCAAAGCAGAACAAUUCGUCCUGAGCAUCACGUGAGAGCAGUCUACAAAGCCACCGGCUGUUUAGACAACGGAAACCACCGUGUGAUUUAUCUGGAGCACGUUGUCGUACGAGUCACCAUUGCACAUCCUCGCCGAGGUGACCUGGCAAUAUACCUGACCUCCCCAUCCGGAACAAAGUCCCAGCUCCUAUCUAACAGGUUGUUUGAUCAUUCCAUGGAAGGCUUUAAAAGUUGGGAAUUCAUGACUACUCAUUGCUGGGGUGAAAAGGCAGCGGGUGAUUGGGUCCUUGAAAUUCGCGACAGUCCUUCCCAGCUCCGAAACUUCAAAACACCAGGAAAGCUGAAGGAAUGGUCGCUCGUACUUCAUGGUACUUCGGUACAUCCAUACUCCCCUACAUAUACAAAGUUAGAUCAGCCAAAAGUGCGAUCCCCCCCAAGGGAAGAUGUCCCUGAUGACUACGCAGAUGAAUAUACUGGAUCCUGUGAUACUGAAUGUAAUAAUGGCUGCGAUGGACCUGGGCCUCAACAAUGCAUUGAUUGUUUGCAUUACUUCCUCAAGUUUAAAAACAAUACGAGAACCUGUGUUCCUGAAUGUCCAAGAGGAUUCUUUGAUGAUGAGAAGAAACGCUGUAAAAAAUGCUGGUCAAUCUGUGAGACUUGUGUAGGAAGCCGUAGUGACCAGUGCACUUCCUGUAAAAAUGGCUAUCACUUGAAUGAAGAGACAAAUGUCUGUAUACCUAACUGCUCAGACAGUUUCUACCUCGAUAAAGAUGAAAAUAUGUGUAGACGAUGUAGUGAAAACUGCAGGAAAUGUAGUGCAUUCCACCAUUGUACAGAUUGCAGACCAGGUUGGAGGUUGCAAGGACCAAAGUGUGUCUUCAGUUGUGAAGCUGGAACUUACUUUAAUUCACUGAGCAGGGAUUGUGAGAGUUGUCACAUAUCCUGCGCAACUUGUGCAGGUCCAGGCCAAGAGUCCUGUACACAGUGUGCUGCAGGUUACUACCUGGAGGAUUGGAGAUGUGUGUUGAGCUGCAGCCUUGGCUACUACAUAGAUCAGCCAUCCGAACAUGGAGAAAAGACAUGCAGGAGGUGUGAUGCAAGCUGUUUAACUUGUACUGGCCAGGGAGAAAGAAACUGCAGCACCUGUCCUAGUGGAUAUAAUCUUGAGGGAGGAGUCUGUGUGGUUGGCACUGUUUGUAAAGAUGGUGAAUAUAUUGAUGAUCGAGGAAAUUGUCUCACCUGUCAUUUCUAUUGUGAUAAAUGUUCUGGCCCAAGCAAAGAUGAUUGCAUCACUUGUGUUGCUCCAAGAUUCUUUGACAAUGGAUAUUGUGCCAUAAACUGCUCCACUGGUAAGUUUGGCAUGAAUGGCCAGUGUUAUCCAUGUCACCAUACCUGCAAGAGGUGCACAGGGGGUGAACCUAAUGAAUGCACAUCAUGUGACAAAGAUAAAUUUGGGAAAAUCCGUUAUUUUUUCAAAGAUGAAUGCAGAGAGGAUUGUCCUACAUCUCACUACCCUGCUGCUGAUAAAAUCUGCCGUCCAUGUUCCAGUAACUGUGAAGUAUGCAUUAGUGAUAGACACUGUGUAAAGUGUUCUUCAGGCUACUACCCUAACCAUGAGGGCUGCCAACAGCUACAAUGUAGGGAAGAUGAAAUCAUGGAUCCUGACUAUGAAAAGUGUAUGCGGUGUGGAGAAGGAUGUGCGAAGUGCAUGUUAGAUGAUCCAAGAAAAUGUACGUCAUGUAAAAGUGGCUAUUACCUUUUUCAUCGUCGUUGUUAUAAGACUUGUCCAACCAAGACCUAUAAAAAUGAUAAUACACUGAAAUGUGAGUUUUGCCAUGAGAACUGCAUUGACUGUGAUGAAGAACAAUGCUAUUGGUGUGAAACUGGCUUCUUCCUCUCAGAGACUGAAUGUGUAAAAACAUGCCUAAGUGGUUACUAUGGUAAUGAAGAUAAUGCUGUUUGUGACAUUUGUCACCCCACCUGCAAAACGUGCCGUGGUCCCAGCUUUAAUGAUUGUGAUUUGUGUGAAAAAGAUCAAGUUCUUCAAGAUGGAAUGUGUAUCCCAACUUCUUCAGUACCCUGCAAAGAUGGAAGCUACUGGAAUGUUGAAGAAAAAUCCUGCUUACCCUGUUCUGAUUUGUGCAAGACGUGCACAAGUGAUGGAUGGAAUGAAUGCACCAGCUGUCCUUCAGGACUUUACCUGGACGGUGAAAUUUGUGUCAACAAAUGCCCGAAACAAACCUUUGCCAAUUCAAUCAGUGAAAGGUGUGAGCAGUGUGAAGAAGGAUGUGAAUUCUGUUCAGGAAACAAGAAUAACUGCCAGCAGUGCAUCACAAUACAACAACGACCACUUUACCUGCAUUUGGGGAAAUGUAUAAGUGAAUGCCCAUUGGGAUAUUUUAUAAGCACAGAUAACACCUGUGCAAAGUGUGAUGAUGCCUGUGAGAGUUGCGAAGCUACUCCUACAAACUGCCAAUCCUGCGUCAAGCCCUACAUACUAGACAACAACAGUUGUCAAAUGCAAUGUUCCAGAAAACACUAUGCUAGUCCCGAAGGAUUUUGCAAACGCUGCCCUGCAAACUGUGAAGCCUGCAAUGAACAUACUUGUACAGAAUGCAGCAGAUACUUUUUCUCUCACAAGGGUGUUUGCCUCCAGGACUGUCCCCCAGGAUUCUUUCAAAACACUCAGAACCUUGCAUGCACUGCAUGCUAUUCUAAAUGCUCAGUGUGUGAUGGUCCAGAUUUCGAUGACUGUGAAGGGUGUGCCAAUCCUUCUUUGGUUAUGCACGAUGGGCAGUGCUUGAAAUCCUGUCCUGAAGGAACUUACAUUGGCAAGGAAACUCAAGAUUGCCAGGAGUGUCAUAAAACAUGUAGGACCUGCGGGGGACCCUAUUCAACAGACUGCGUUUAUUGUAGAGAAGGGAUGAUGAAGAACAGCGAGGGGCACUGUGUAAUGCAUAAGGACUGUGCCCUAAAUAUGUACAUGGACAAGAUCUGUAAGCCCUGUCACAAAAAAUGCCACCGCUGUUAUGGGCCCACAGAGCACGACUGUCUUAGCUGUACUCACAAUUACUUUUUACUCAAUAAGACGUGUGUAGACACUUGUCCAGAUGGAUACUACACAGAGCAGAACAGACAUCACUGCUUUGCUUGUCACAAAAGCUGUGAAACCUGCAAUGGGAGGUCUAACGCACAGUGCCUUACCUGUAAAGCAGACUGGUAUAGACUGAAUCUGAUGUGUGUCAAGACAUGUGGAUCUGGGCGUUUUGCAAAUGUAUCAGCUGGAGUUUGUGAAAACUGUCACACAAGCUGUAAAGAGUGCUGGGGUCCAGGCGAUGCAGAAUGUCUGAGCUGUCAGGAAGAUCAUUUCCUGAUGAAAUUGCAAAACAGAUGCUAUCGCUCAUGUCCAGAACUAUACUACGAAGAUAAGUGGGAACAGACUUGUGAACGGUGCCACCCUAGCUGUAAAGCCUGUGAUGGCAAAGGACCUAUUCGAUGUACUUCCUGUUAUUGGGGCUUCAGGAUGGUUGGAAGUAUCUGCAGUUCUCAGUGUUUUGCUGGGGAAUACCUGCUAUCAGAGGACCCAGAGAUAACGUGUGACAAAUGCCACGACACUUGCCUGGAGUGUAAAGGACCAGGACUAUACAACUGCACAAAUUGUCAUCUAGGCUUCCUGCUAAAUCUCGAUGAUGGCAAUUGUUUAAACUGUUGCAGAUCCGCUCUGCCAGAUGUUGAAGACUGCUGUGAUUGUGAGAUGAGAUUUGAUGAAUGUGUUUUAAGAAAAGCAGUUGUUGUUCCGGAUGAAGAAGGAGCAAGCAAACCUGCCUUAUUUGUCACUGCCUCGGUGGUACUUAUUUUGGGUAUUGGUAUUGGUGUAUUCCUUCUGCUGAAGACCUGUUCAAAAUCAAAACCUACUAGCAGAGCAGGAUAUGAGAAACUGUCCAAUCAAGCCAAAUCCAUCCCAGUUUAUAAUGCAAGCAGAGGCAGUGUUAGUUUUCAAGAAGUUCAAACAACUGACUACAUAGAUCGCCAGGAAGGAAUAUAUGAUGUAGAGGAUGAUGACGAUGAUAUUGUCUACAUGGGCCAGGAUGGUACUGUUUACCGGAAAUUUAAGUAUGGACUGUUAGAUGAUGAUGAGGAUGAUGAACUAGAGUAUGAUGAUGAAAGCUACUCUUUCAGAUAAAAAAUAAAUAAAUUAGCCUUAAUUUGUGGUUUUUUAAUGAAAUUCUGUACUUACUCCAUGCACUUAAUACACCAUCAAUUGAGGAUACUGAAAAACUAAGCUUUCUGUGAUCAGUGCCUGACUAUUUUCUUUUUCAUACAGUGUAUUGGGGAGUGUGUAAUUGAAGUUUGUGAGCCCUAUCUUGAACAAGUAAAUUUCACAAAAUGUUCACCUAAUCACAUUACUAAUAAGUGUUGUGCAUCUCUACAUGUUAACCCUAAUCAUUCAAGAAAAAAGUUAAAAGCUUAACAUUCUGAAAAGAUUGGAUUUCAUACGUUAAGAGGAAUAACUACUAUAUGAAUUGUUCAAAUCACACUCUUAAAAAUAUUAUUACAAGAUUUUCUUCUUUGUAAAUAGUGGUCAAGUUCCUCUUUUAUGUUUUAAAACUCCUGUUAAAUUGCUGGAGCUCUAUAAAUAGCUGUGUCACUGUCCUGUGUCACUGCCAUGAUUUGUGGCUUAAGAGUUAUUAGCUGUAUAAAUUACUGCUAAGGUUCCUGAAAAAAAAUGUUCUGCAAUAGCUUUUAUUUUCAAAUGUAUAUCAGCCACACAGAUUUUUAAUUUCUAUAGAAAUGAUACAGAUCAGAACAAAAUAAAACAGGUCAUAUCGCAAUAGAAUUUCAAUUGUUUGGACACAGUGAAGCAGGAAGUUGUCCAUAACUCUGAAAUGGCUGAAAUUGAAAGAUAUCAGUGACAACUGACAGUGUACGUACGUAAAUGUUUUUUUAAGAAGAAAUGUGCUUUCAGAUGCAGUAAAUGUAAAACCUUUUGAAAGACACGUUAUAGUAUACCAUAGCAAAUACUAAACGUACUAUAUAAGAUUAUGAGGAGUCAAAAAAACACAAUCCUCGUGACAAUGCGAUAUUUGUCACAUUGAAAUGUUGGCAACUGUGGAUCAGAACUACACACAGUUAGCCUAAGAAAUGCUAUAGCAAACAUUUUUAAGUGUAAAAAUUCUAUUCUCAUCAAUUGAUAAAGUUCAAACAUUGUUUAACUAACAGAAAUAAAACAGUAAAAAAAAACCUCUGUCAGCAACUUGAUCUCACAAAACUGUCAAAAUAGCCUUUAUGAAAUUGACUGGGUUUGCCAGGAAGUGUGUGUAUAUGUGGUACCAGCACUUUUAGCCCUUAGAGAAUUGGUGAUAUAAUCCAUUCUCUUUGUCUGGAAUUCUUGUUCAGUAAGAUUAGGGUUAAAUGUAAAUGUGUUUGUAUUUUUGUUUGCUUAAAGAUAAAAUAUUUGAGAUGACAAGCUCAGUUUGAAAGUAGAAUGUUUAGUUUCAGUUAAGAAUUAAUGACAAUUAGUGCUGCUACGUUGAGCCAUAAGUAAAUAAAGUACAUUUGACUGGGAUCUGCUGUUUUGUUUUUGUGAGUAACAGAAGUUUUAUGAUAUUGUUGUUUAAUUUCUAUUUUGCAUCAUGUCAAAAGCACAAAAGCGUGGUCACAUGUUGUUAGCAUUCUGCCCAUAUUCAUAGAUCAUUUAAAAUGUUGUUUGUAGUGUCCCUGAAGCUAAAAUGGCUGACUACUUGAUUUCUGAUGAGUAGGAAGAAAGAAUUCAUGAUUCUCAAUGCUGACUCCAAUAGUUAAUCAUGAAGUAACAUUAUUGGUGGUAAUGGACCCAUGACUCAUCACGUUCCUUCAGCUGCAGGAAAAUGUGUUGGGUCAAACAACCUAUCACAGGUAGAAGAUGAAAGAAAUAGUUAUAAAUGGUACAGAUAGUAUCUGUUUUGCCAGAUGUUAAUGACUUUUAUGAUUAUGGUUCUUAAUUCUUUAGGGUAGCAGCACCAAUAUCUCAGUAAAAGUUUGGGGAGAAGCAGGAAAGGCAAGCAGUUGCUAUCUAAACUUAUAUUUUGGAAUUAACAAAGUCAAUGAUAUGUUGCAUUAUAAUAGUUAAGGUCUACAGUAUCUAUGCAGUAUCCAUCAAUCAGGUUUCCUCUGAAUGUCUAACCAGACAUUAAUGUCUGUUCAAAAAGAUCUUGCCUUCUCAAUAGCUUCCAAUACAGAUGCCUAAGAAAUACUUCAUGUUUGAGAUGUACUAUAAGGAGAUAACAAUAGUAUAGAAAUAUCAAUUAUGGCAAUUUGAAGAAUAUUAUAAUUUGGCAUAGAAUAAAUUCUAUUAAGGAAUGAAAAUGCUAAAAAAGUUGUUUUUCACAAUUCUAAGAAGAUUAAUAUAUAUUUAAACUUAUCAAAGAUGGUAGGAAUGUAGAGAACUGCAGUUUGUAAAAACAGUUUGUUUCUAAUGGUAGCAACUGAUUCUGUUAGCAGAAGGCUGGAGCCAGGGAUGGUCUGUAUAAAGGAAGAUAACUGAAACUUAUAAAAUGGACCUACUACGUACAAAACAAAAGCAGAAAAGAAAAUUAUCAAGCUCAAUUUUCAUUUAAAAAUAUACCUUAGUUUUGUAUUGAGUUAAAGUAUGCACAUAUCUGGACCUGGCUCAGCUGAUGAUAAACUUUAAUAGAGAAACACUUAAAAGAGAAAAAUCAUCUGUUGAGCAAUGGUCUGUGCUCUGAUCAUAUCGAAAGCUGCCAAUAUCUUACUAUGCAAGUCUUUGAAUAGCAAUAUAAAUGUACCAAUUUAGAAUAGUUUAAUAUGACCUAAUGAAGUUAUAUUUACUUAUUCGAUUUAUUUGGUUGGUUUACUGUAAUGCAACAAUUUGGCUAUCAUACAUGUACAAUGAACUUUUAUGAAACCUAAAUAUAGCUAAUUUGUAUCUCACACACAAAGAUCAGUAUACAUAUUUACUGCCACAACAGAUAAUGAACAACAGUAAUUCUCAUUUUUCAAAAUAAUACCUGGAGAUUUUUGUGCAUUAAUGUAAUUCUAACUUGAUAUUGAAGUGUUUUUUGCAUUUUGAUUAAAUCAGCAGAUUACACAUUUCUGGCAUUCUGAUAAAGAUAGGAUGGAAUGAUUUCUGACCAUUGGAUUUGAUUGCUGUAGCUUAUUGAUGCGAUGAUGACAAUAUAUUUAUGUUCUUUGUGGAGACUGAAUAAAAU